GUGGUUUGGGAGGCUGAAGGUUCUAAUUAUAUUCAAACUUUAACAGAUUUGUAGGGACAUUGUUCUAAUACCGAAGGAAUCUUCGCAUCGAAAAAUCAAGAUAAUUCUGCGACACAGGGCGGUGGAAAUGCGAACAGCAUAAGACGUUAAAACAAGUAGUUUGCACUCCAUCAACAACGGACGAUGUGAAGGCCAAGGUUGGAGAGGGGAUGUAAGUUGUAAGUGACAGGUUGGCAACCUGGAAGCCACGCUAACCUGUCAAUCAAACAGGAAAGUUGGUGACUCUUGGGAGCAUGGGAGACAACUCAGCAUGUGAAGCUUCAGGUGAGAAAAUGAAUACGCGGGAAAAAUGGAAACAAAAAAUAGAUUUCGCUUUUUCCAUCGCGGGUGGGUUUGUGGGGCUGGGGAACGUUUGGAGAUUUCCUUAUCUUUGUUAUAAGAAUGGAGGGGGAGCGUUCUUGAUUCCUUACGUGUUGUUCGUGAUAGUUGGUUCGUUACCGGUGUUCCUCCUGGAGGUUACUAUAGGGCAAUACACGAACCUAGGGAGUGCUCUAGCAAUGAGGAUGGUUCCUCUGAUGAAAGGUCUUGGUUUUGCGGUGAACAUCAUCAAUUAUCAUCUUAAUGUUUAUUACGCUGUGAUACUUGCGUGGGCGUUGCGGUAUUUCUUCGCAUCCAUGUCGUCUGAACUACCAUGGUCAACAUGCGGCAAUGAAUGGAACACGCAGAACUGCUUUGUGUUUGGGACUAACUCCACCAACGUAUCAAGUUCGUUGAAUGUUUCAAUGAGAGUUUCGUCUGUGAGGGAAUACUGGGAACGCGGAGUGUUGGGCAAAUCCCCAGGUAUCGGUGAGGUUGGUUCAAUACGAUGGGAAUUAUUAUUAUGUUUGUUGUUAACAUGGAUUAUAAUAUACUUCUGUAUUUGGAAGGGGAUUGGAUGGACAAGCAAGGUUGUUUACUUCACCGCUACUUUCCCGAUCUUAAUGUUACUUGUUUUACUCGUAAGAGGACUGACACUAGAUGGCGCUAUGGAUGGAGUAAGAUUCUACCUCAAACCGGAUAUGACGCGAUUAUCUGACGUGCAGGUAUGGCUGGACGCUGCCACACAGGUGUUUUAUUCAUACGCCCUCUGUAAAGGAAUGUUGAUCACUAUGGGAAGCUACAACAACUAUCGUUAUAAUAGUUACAGAGAUUGCAUCGCGUUGUCGGUUCUAAACAGCGGGGUGAGUUUCGUGUCAGGGUUCGCUAUCUUCGCCAUACUUGGCUUCAUGGCGAAGGAACAGGGAGUUGAUAUUAAACACGUUGCGGAGUCGGGACCCGGUCUUGCAUUCAUAGCUUACCCCAAGGCACUAACAUUGCUACCGAUGCCUCAGUUCUGGGGGUGUUUGUUCUUCUUUAUGUUAUUUCUAUUGGGAUUGGACAGCGAGUUCGUAGGUCAGGAAACAUUGAUGUCAGCUUUCGUGGACUUGAAGCCUCAUUGGUUCAAGAAGAAAUGGAGCCGGGAACUUUUCCUUGCUUUCCUCAGCGUGACGCAGUUCGUCGUCGGGCUGUCCAUGAUUACCAAUGGUGGCGUAUACGUGCUGAACAUCUUCGAUAAUUAUGCUGCCGCUGGGUGGAGCAUGUUGUUCAUUAGUUUAUGCGAAUGCGCUGCCGUUGCUUGGUUCUUCGGGAUCAAUAAGUAUUGGAGGAUCGUGUGCGACAUGGUGGGGUUCGUACCCAGAAUCCCUUGGUUCAAAUGGUGCUGGGCAGUUCUUACUCCAAUAUCUACAUCUGUAUUACUCGUUAUGAGCCUCGCAUAUUACAAAGUUCCAACUUACAAUCGUACUUACACCUACCCCCCCUGGGCAGUGGGCGUGUGCUGGCUGUUGGCAAUGUCAUCUAUUCUAUGGAUCCCUGGUUAUGCGGUGUAUUUAUUCUUCUUCAAAACAUCGGGAACUUAUCCAGAGCGGUGGAUGAAGGUGAUUACGUCAGAGCUUCCGGAUCCUUCCGCAUGUAAACAUCAAGACGUUGAAACGGUUUCGGCUCCGAUAUUCGAGCAAGCCCCAUUAUACGAAGACGUUGUUGGAAUGGGAAGCGACAAUGUAUUGUUGGGUGGUGUAUGCGGUGACAGCAAACUCUAGCUCGAUGUCAACAUGCUUGCGCAAUCAACGUUAAAUGGGAACAAAACUGUUUUACAUUAUUUUUUAUUUUUCCGCGAAAUUUCAAAUUCUCUGCGUCAGUAUGGCGCCAUCUGUUGACGUCACGUAUAGAUUCUAGUAUUCAUUAUUGUAAAUUAAUCACUAUUGUCGUAGGUCAACAAAAUAUUUCAUCAAAAUAAAAUUUCGACCAAAAACA